AUACAACUGAGCCCCAAACCCUAGCACUAUAAGCUUCCUCCUUCCUCCUCGCAAAACCCUAACAUUGGACUACUGCCCUCCGGCCUAAGCUCACGUUCCCCUGCUCUUUCAGACCGCCGAAAAUGCCGUUCAAGAGGUACGUGGAGAUCGGCAGGGUCGCGCUCGUUAACUAUGGCAAGGACUACGGCAAGUUAGUCGUCAUCGUCGAUGUCAUCGAUCAGAACAGGGCUCUUGUUGAUGCUCCUGACAUGGUGAGGAGCCAAAUGAACUUCAAGAGACUUACACUCACUGACAUAACCAUUGACAUCAAAAGGGUUCCCAAGAAGAAGACUUUGAUUGCAGCAAUGGAAGCAGCUGAUGUAAAGAAUAAAUGGGAGAACAGUUCCUGGGGAAGGAAGUUGAUAGUGCAGAAGAGGAGAGCCUCUCUGAAUGAUUUUGACAGGUUUAAGAUUAUGUUGGCAAAAAUCAAGAAGGCUGGCAUUGUAAGGCAGGAGCUUUCAAAGCUUAAGAAGGAGAGCACAGCCUGAGAGAACAAUAGUGUACUCAGAUACUGUGAUUUUAUUAUAAACUAGUUUUUGGUGUUGUAUUUUUUAGCUUUCAAGGAUUAUUUUUUCUUCUGGUUUUGUUGCAGCUAGAGAACAUACAUACUAUUAUCAUGUCUCAAGUGUUUUUGGACAUAAUUUUGGUUUGAUCUUUUAUGAGUUUUGACAUAAUCUGUAGUGACUAUAUUCUUUUCA